AUGUUCGAGAUUAAACUGCUGUGUGCAUUGGCCCUAAGUUGUAUCAUCAUUAAUGCGCAAUGUAACAAAUCUGCAAAUACAUCGCGUGUUGUCGAAGGAGGUUUUGCAUUCGAAAUGGUCAUGACCAAAUUGCAACUUCUAGAAGAUCGUAUAUGUGGAAAUAUGGUAAAAAGAUCGUGCAAAGAGGUUCCCUCUUCCGGCAUUUACACCAUUCAACCGGAAAAGCCCUUCAUCGAGCCGAUGCCCGUACUGUGCGAUCAAGAGUACGAAUCAGGUGGAUGGAUUGUGAUACAGCAUCGGUUUGACGGAUCGACAAACUUCUAUCGCAACUGGAAACAGUACAAGAAUGGGUUUGGCAAUCUGGACGGCGAGUUCUGGUUGGGACUGGAUCGUAUUUAUCAGCUGACAGUGUCACGACCGUACGAGUUGUUGGUGGUGCUGGCAGAUUUCAAUAACAAUAAGACGUACGCCAAAUACGAUCAGUUCGAGAUCGGAGACGAGACCGAAAAGUAUGCACUCAAGAAGCUGGGUGAAUGUUCGGGACCGGCUGGAGAUUCUUUGAGAUACAGCAUGGGUAUGAAUUUUUCAACUUUCGAUGCGGAUAACGACGCAGCGGUGGCAGACGACAGACGCUGUGCAGUCGAAUUUCAUGGAGCCUGGUGGUACAACCAAUGUCAUUCUUGCAAUCUCAAUGGAAAAUAUCUUCGUGGAGCAACGAAAGAAUAUGCAACCGGGAUGGUUUGGCGAUCAUUCCGAGAGCAUUACUAUUCCCUCAAAACUUCAAAAAUGAUGAUAAGACCAAAGACUGGUUAG